UCCUGCUCCUGUGGUUGUCCAGGAAGAGGAGCUGCUGUGGUGCUGCAAAAUGAAUCCACUCACAAAAGUGAAGCUCAUCAAUGAGCUAAAUGCAAGGGAGGCGGAGUUGGGAGUUCAAGAUAAAGUGUCGUGGCAUUCAGAGUACAAGGACAGUGCAUGGAUCUUUCUGGGUGGCUUGCCCUAUGAAUUAACUGAAGGAGACAUUAUCUGUGUGUUUUCACAGUAUGGCGAGAUUGUUAACAUCAAUUUAGUUCGAGAUAAGAAGACUGGAAAAUCAAAAGGCUUCUGCUUUAUCUGCUAUGAGGAUCAGAGAAGCACCAUUUUGGCUGUGGACAACUUUAAUGGAAUCAAGAUUAAGGGAAGGACCAUCCGUGUUGACCAUGUAGCCAAUUACCGUCCUCCAAAUGAUGGAGAUGAUGUUGAUGCUGUGACUAAAAAACUGAGAGAGGAAGGCUGUGCACCUAAAGCACCUCCAUCAGCACCAGAUUCCUCAGAGUCCUCUGAAGAGGAUGUUAGCUCAGUGCCAGCCAAGAAACUGAAGAAAGAAAAGAAAAAGAAAAAGAAAAAGGAAAAAAAGGAGAAAAAAGUCAAGGUAAAGAAAGAAGCUGCCUCCAAACAGAUCAUCAAGGGCUCUGGCCGAAACCAAUCACCUCCACCCCCUGUAAGAAUCAAGAGAGAAAGAGAGGAUGUGGAGUAUGAGAAACAUGCCAAAAUGAACCAUGACAUUCAUUGGGAUGGCAGUGUGGACCGCAGGAAUGAAGAAAGAGGAAAAGGAGAUGCAAGGAAACACACAGAUGGAGCUGAUGAAAUGAGAACCAGAGAGAAACACAGAGAAAGGAGCCGACCUAGAAACUCCGAGAGAGAAGAAAAGCGAAACGAUGAUCAAAAUGGUAGAGGAUCUGGCAAUGAAAGGUCAGAGAGAGACAUAAGACACACACACGGUGAUGGGAGAGAGUUGAGAUAUGAUGAGGAAAGGCACAGUGGACAAGGGAAAACGCGAAAAGAAGACAGGAUUGACAGUAAGAAUGAUGAUCGUGAUAAGUACAGGAAAUACAAUCGCAGUAAGAGAGAACAGCGGGAUUCACAUUGUGACAGCAUGAAGCAUAAAGAGUGGAGAUUUGAACAUGACAAAGUCAACCUUAACAAGGGAAGAUACAAUUACAGAGACAGUGAUCAUAAAAGAAACUGAGCAGUUGGACGUUUUCUACAGUUAAACCCAAAACACCUCCCCAUCUGAAAUCUAUGGACAAAAUAAAGUCCCAGCAGUUAAUUACCGAAAUAAAUAUUCUGAAAGCUGCUUUGUUGCAGCUUUUUCUCUAACUAUUUCUUUGUAUAUUUGGACUAUUUUUGCAAUGGAGAGUAUUAAACCCGUUUUCGCUACUGUUGAUUUUUAAAAAUAAAUUUUCAAUAUGCUUAUUUUGUGCUUAUUUUGAAGAUGUCAAAUGAACAGGGUUUUGUUCUUAUUGCAUAUAGCUUGCUGUUCUUCGUGCAAAAGAUUCAUCUUUGAGUGGUGACAGCCUUUUAAAUUGUGGCAGGACAUCCAGCCAAUCCCACGCCUGUUCUUGCUCCAUGUCCUCAAACAGACACUUUCCAGCAGGAGGCACAGGAUAACAAGUGGCAGUGGGAAUACUAGCUGAUUUUCUUUUAGCAUUUUUCCCUGCCUUACAUGCAGGAGAUAAUGAAGCAAUUAUAGUUUUGCAACAGCCAAAUCAACAAAGACCUUGGUAUUGAAACUGUUCCUUGGUCGACAUGGCUCUGAUCCCCACUAGCUACGCAUUUAUCUGUCUAGCUCUGUAUAUUUCUAAUGUUAUUUUAAGGUGACAUUCCUGAUAUUCAGAAUUAUCAAUUUAAAUAGAAACUUUUUCCAUGUUUUGUUUUAAGUGGGGAUAUCACUGCUUACCACAAAGGCUCCUAGUUGUGCAGCACAUUUUUAAAAAGAGAAUGAAAGGAAUGAGUGGAUAUUAUUAGACCUGACAGUGCAAGACUGUCAAUUAAUUGUUACUGAUUCCCUGGAAUUCUCUUUCAGUUGUCAUUAUUGGUGUGUUUCGGGGCAACUCCAGGGUGUAGAAAGUUUGGAAAAACUGAAGCGAUAGAUUGGCCUAUGAACUUACUGUAAGAAGAGCAUUAUUAAAUAAAUUAAAUUUACAAACUA